AUGGUGCAAGGCGAGGUUCGAUGGCAGCUGCGCGAUAAAUUCUUUCAGUGCGCCGUGCCGCCGUUUCGAUUCAACGUGAAACGUCCUCGCGAUCUUCCGUUUUCGAUUCGCUACGUGAAAGAUCUUCCGAUGCGAGGGCGCGUGGGAGCGAAGAACGUUUAUUUUAACGAUGCGAACGAGGGCAUCACCGUAGAACAAAUCGCGUUGGAGUACUACGAGAAAGAGUUCGGGUAUGAAGGCAUCCACGACGAAGGCCAGUCGCUUCGUGAGCUUUGGAAUGGAGCGUUAAGUGCAGGGCAGUUGUUUGUGCUUCUGCUGUGGGAUUUUAUUUACUUCCCGGUCCCGUUUGCGUUCCAGAAUCGAAGCCAGACCAUUCCGAUCGAUUACGGGUCGUCGUUGUUUUAUGAGGCGCGGAAGCCUUUCAUUGACGAAUGGCUGGCGCAGUUGAGUCGGCUAUCCGACGCUCAAAUCCAAAGUGAGGAUGUGAAAAUGCUUUGA